CUAGAGGGUGGAGAGAGAAAGGGAGGAGGGAGGAGGAGUGGUCAUGGCCCCGACGAUCGAGCGCCGUGUUUAAAAUCGCCGGCCCUUAAUUCUCUCGCACCGGUUACUACUAGUACCACCACCCCGUCCGCCCGCUGCUGGCGCUGUGGAGAGCGCGACAAGGAUAGGGAAGAAAGAUAGUAGCCGGGAGCGGGGGGGAGGUCCAGCCAGCCAGCCAGCCAGCGGCGGAGGAGGAGGAGCUAGCGGGGAGCUGUUCUAGUCGGCCGUUUCGGUUCGGUGCAGAAGGCGCAGCAUAUGGAAACAAGGUUGCGAGGGGUGGCAUCCGGCGCAUGACUGAGUGCGUGGCGAAGCAAGCCCUGGCGCGCGUGCUGAUCUUGGAGGCGCGCGGGCCGCUGGCGUUACCACUCCGGCGUGUAUAAAUAGGAGCCGGGGGCGAGGCCGGAGAGGGCACACUGCAGCACAGACCCAAGAUCUCUCCUCCUUCCUCCUCCUCCUCCUCCUCCUCUGUAGGCUGUAGCCGCCGGCGAGCGACAGCGAUGGACUUCGGGGAUGACCAGGAGGGUGGCUCCGAGAGCAACCAGCAGCAGCAGCAGAACCAGAACCAGAACCAGCGGCGCAAGCGCUACCACCGCCACACGCCGCGCCAGAUUCAGACGCUCGAGGCGAUGUUCAAGGAGUGCCCCCACCCCGACGAGACGCAGCGCGCCGCUCUCAGCCAGGACCUCGGCCUGGAGGCCCGCCAGAUUAAGUUCUGGUUCCAGAACCGGCGCACGCAGAUGAAGGCGCAGCACGAGCGGCAGGACAACUGCUUCCUGCGCGUGGAGAACGACAAGAUCCGGUGCGAGAACAUCGCCAUGCGGGAGGCGCUGAAGAACGUCAUCUGCCCCACCUGCGGCGGCCCGCCCGUCGCCGAGGACUACUUCGACGAGCAGAAACUGCGCAUGGAGAACGCCAGGCUGAAGCAGGAGCUCGACCGCGUCGCUGGCCUCACCGCCAAGUACCUCGGCCGCCCCUUCACGCAGAUGCCGCAGGGCACGCCGCAGAUGUCGGUGUCCUCCCUCGACCUGUCCAUGGGCGGGGUACCGAUGGGCGGCCAUCACCAGCCGUUCGGCGGCGGCGGCCUGUCGCUGGACCUCGACCUCCUCAGCGGGGCCGGCCUGGGCCUGCCGUCGUCGGACACGCCGGCCAUGCAUCUGCCGGCGCCCGUCACUGACGCGGAGCGCCCAUUGAUGGCCAGGAUGGCCACGCGGGCCAUGGACGAGCUGAUCCGCCUCACCCAACAGGGCGAAAACGUCUGGGUCAAGAUCCCCGGCGGCGACGGCCGGGAGAUCAUCCACGUCGAGACGUACGACUCCAUCUACUCCAAGCCCGGCAGCAGCAACUUCCGCGCCGGAGACAUCCGCGUCGAGGGCUCCCGGGACACGGUGAUCGUGUGCAUGAGCCCCGUCGCCCUCGUCGAAGUGUUCAUGGACGCGAGCAAGUUUAUGGAGUUCUUCCCAAGCAUCGUGUCCCACGCGCGGAUCACCGACAUCCUCGUCAAUGGCAUCAACGGGAGGAGCGAGUCGCUCGUCAUGAUGUACGAGCAGCUGCAGUUCACGACGCCGGCCGUCCCAACCCGCGAGUUCAGCUUCCUCCGCUACUGCCGGCAGAUCGACCAGGGCGUGUGGGCCAUCGCCGACGUCUCCGCGGACAUGCAGCGGGAGGUCCACUACGGCGGGCCGCCGCCGCGCUCCCGCCGCCUCCCGUCCGGCUGCCUCAUCUCCGACAUGACCAAUGGCUACUCCAGGGUGACCUGGGUGGAACACAUGGAGAUCGAGGACAAGAGCCCGAUCGGCCCCCUGUACCGCGACAUGGUGCAGAGCGGCGCCGCCUUCGGCGCGCACCGCUGGGUCGCCUCGCUGCACCGCGCCUGCGAGCGCUACGCUUCUUCACUCGAGUCGCCCGGCGUGAUGCACGGCGAGACCACCGGAGUGACGGCUGAAGGGAGGCGCAGCAUGAUGGCGCUGUCGCAGCGCAUGGUGAGCAGCUUCUGCGGGAGCAUGACGGCGUCGCAGCAGCACCAGUGGACGACCAUGCCCGGCGCCGACGGCAACGAGGUGUGCGUGCGCGUGGCCAUGAACCAGGGCGCCGGCCAGCCCAACGGCGUGGUGCUCGGCGCUGCCACCUCCGUCUGGCUCCCCGUCCCCGCCGACCACGUCUUCGCCUUCCUCCGGGACGAGAACACGCGCGCCCAGUGGGACGUGCUGUCCAAGGAGAAUUCGGUGCAGCCGGUGUCGCGCGUCCCCAACGGCCCCGAUCCCGGCAACUGCAUCACCCUGUUGCGGGCCCUGAGCCCGAGCCAGAGCCCCCAAGGCGGCCAGGUCACCAUGCUGGUGCUGCAGGAGAGCUCCACGGACGCGUCGGGGGGCUCCAUGGUGGUGUACUCGCCCAUCGACAUCCCGGCGGCCAACAUGAUGAUGAGCGGCGCCGACCCAUCGGCCAUCCCGCUGCUGCCCUCGGGGUUCGCCAUCUGGCCCGCGGCCGUGGGCGGCGCGUCCACCAGCGCCGCCGGCCCGAUGGCGGCGGGGUCCAUCGUCAGCGUCGCCUUCCAGAUCCUCAUCAGCAGCCUGCCGUCGUCCAAGCUCAACGCCGAGUCCAUCGCCACCGUCAACAACCUCGUCAACACCACAAUCCAGAACAUCAAGGCCUCCCUCAACUGCGCGUAGCCGCCAUGGGCCAUGAAGCCGGAGCUCACCCCACCCAUCCACCCAUCAAUCCGAGCUAAGCUAGAGUGUUUGUCUAGUGUUUCUGAGACGAGGGAGGAAGAGAGAGAGAGAGAGUGAACAGUUGGUUGGUGCGUUGAAUGCUCGCAUUCAUGCACUCCACCUGCUGUUGCUGCGGCAUCUCAUGCCGACCCAGCUCUCUCUCUCUUCCUCCUCCCGUCCGUCCAUCCAUGCAUCCACCGUCACACCACCACAUUGCAUGUUUAGGCUUCGUUGGUCCGUCAUUCUUCAGUUUGGGUUUGGAUUUAGCUAAUUUUACAGGAUUUUUUCCACCUUAAAUCAAACUAGUUCAUGCAUGCAUAUGCGUCGGUCAGGUCAGUCAGUCAGGUCAGUCAGAGUCAGAGAGAUCAUGAGAAAGAGAGAUAUGAUAGGCGCCUUUGACAGCGAGAGAGUCAAGAACGAACCAUUGCUGCUUGUCCCUUCCUCCCUCCUAGCUAGCUCGUGCCGCCGCAGCACCACCACCACCACCAUACAUUGUUUCCUCCUAUGCAUGUGUUGGUGUCGUGUGCGCGCGCGCGGCAGGGAAUAGGGGGUAUGGUAGGGGGUGAAAUGCAUGGUUCGGGUAUUGACUUGGCUCCAUCAAUGUACAGCCUUGAAUGAACAUUCAUUUCGGUUAUAAAUGGAAAAGAAAGAGAUCUGGUUAAAGCUUGA